AAUCUCUGCCUAGCUACACAAAGGUUCAUAUAAGUAAACUCUUUUACAGGUGUAUGUCAUUCCAAACAAUUAAGAAAAGAGGGGAAGAUUGGAUGGUUGGCUUGGAGAACGGCAUUCAGAAAGUCUAUAUAUGUUGGGAGAAUCUCAGCCUCAAGGUAUAAUCCAUUGUUUGCACUGAAGAAGCUGCUGUAAAGACCAGGAAAUGCUGACACCUCAAAUGGAUCCUGUGGAACUGCAGAAAAUCAAUAUCCAACUUGAUGACAAAAGCAGUAGUGGAGAAAGUGUUCCAGACAGCUAUAUUGAGAUGGUAAAUUCAGUAAAGACCCCUAUUAAAAGUCAAUUUGCUAAUGGUGAUGAUGAAAGCCAGAAGUUUCUGACAAAUGGACUACUAAGUAAAAAGAAGUUGGUAGACUAUGAUGAAGAACACCAUCCUGGAACCACAUCCUUUGGAAUGUCAUCAUUCAACCUCAGUAAUGCCAUUAUGGGGAGUGGAAUCUUAGGGUUGUCAUAUGCCAUGGCCAACACUGGGAUAAUACUUUUUAUAAUCAUGCUUCUUACUGUGGCUAUAUUAUCCCUCUAUUCAGUUCAUCUUUUACUGAAGACAGCCAAAGAAGGAGGCUCAUUAAUUUAUGAGAAAUUAGGGGAAAAAGCAUUUGGAUGGCCUGGGAAAAUUGGAGCUUUUGUUUCCAUUACAAUGCAAAACAUUGGAGCAAUGUCAAGCUACCUCUUUAUUAUUAAAUAUGAACUACCUGAAGUAAUCAGGACAUUCAUGGGACUUGAAGAGAAUACUGGAGAAUGGUACCUCAAUGGCAACUACCUCGUUAUAUUUGUAUCUAUUGGGGUUAUUCUUCCACUUUCUCUUCUUAAAAAUUUAGGUUAUCUUGGUUAUACCAGUGGAUUUUCUCUUACCUGCAUGGUAUUUUUUGUCAGUGUAGUAAUCUAUAAGAAAUUCCAGAUUCCUUGUCCUCUACCUGUCCUGGAUCACAAUGCUGGAAAUAUGACAUAUAACAAUACAUUUCUGAUGCAUCUCAAGAUGUUACCUAAUAACUCUCAGGCUACUGAAGUGAAUUUCAUGAUGGAUUAUACUAAUGGAAAUUUUGCAGAUCUAGAUAAGAAUCAGGUCAAAGAUUUCCUUUACAGAAGGGAUGUAGAAUAUGAAGAACAGAGUUUCGACAAAUGUCAACCAAAAUACUUUGCAUUUAAUUCACGGACUGCAUAUGCAAUCCCCAUUCUUGCAUUUGCUUUUGUAUGCCAUCCUGAGGUACUUCCAAUCUACAGUGAGCUUAAAGAUCGUUCUCGAAAGAAAAUGCAGACUGUGUCAAACAUCUCCAUUACAGGAAUGUUGAUAAUGUAUCUGCUUGCUGCCCUAUUUGGUUACCUUAGCUUCUAUGGAGAAGUUGAAGAUGAAUUACUCCAUGCUUAUACAAAGGUGUAUACAUUUGACACCCCAAUUCUCCUGGUUCGUCUAGCAGUUCUUGUGGCAGUCACACUCACAGUGCCUAUUGUGUUGUUCCCAAUUCGCACAUCAGUGAUCACGCUGUUAUUCCCCAAAAGGCCCUUCAGUUGGAUAAGACACUUCCUGAUUGCAGCAAUUCUCAUUGCACUUAAUAAUGUCCUCGUAAUUCUUGUGCCAACUAUAAAAUAUAUUUUUGGGUUCAUAGGUGCAUCUUCUGCUACAAUGCUGAUUUUCAUUCUCCCAGCUGCCUUUUACCUUCGACUAGUUAAAAAAGAACCUUUAAGAUCACCUCAGAAGAUUGGGGCUGCCAUUUUCCUUAUUGUUGGCAUCAUCUUUAUGAUUGGAAGCAUGGGACUCAUUAUAAUUGACUGGAUUUACAACCCUCCAACUUCCAAGCAUCAUUAAUCCAAGCAAAAUCUAUUUUCCCUUCUGGAAAUGACUAUGUUCUGCCCUAACAGACUAUUUUUGACAUCUAUAUUAGAAUGUUUUUUUAGUGAAAAUCACAGGAAGAAUUCAAGUAAUUUCCAUUAAUAUCACUAUAUCUGUGGAAUAUUAAACCAUCAUAUUUUUAAAACAACAAGUUGUUUAUGUAUUUAAAACCGAGGGAGAAGAGCUCUACUGUGGUUUUAAUCAAGAAAUUUCAGAUGGCAAAAACAUUUUUACUGCUGUAUAUGCAGAAUAAGUUUUCAUCAAGACAUUUUUCUCAUCCAGAUUUUGAUAGCAACCCUCACCCCAAAAUACCCUCCUGCUCCACCUCCUCUCCAACCUGCUGGCUUUUCACUCCCAUAAAAUUUAAUGGAACUUUUUUUUUAAUAACAUGGCUACAUUGGCACAAUUCAUAAACUACCCCGUUACACAAGAAGGAUCAGUCACUAGAGUUCAAAACUUGGAGCUCCUUCAAUAUUUGUAGAAUAAAUGAAUCAUCAUGACACUUUUUGUUCAGCCUGUCAGUGGCAUUGAAUCAAUUUUAUCAAAGAGAAAUUUAUCAAACAGAAAAAUAAUCUUCAGGCAAUGGAUUUAUCAUAAUUGUUAGGAGAUCUGAUUAAAUUCUGAGAAGGGCUUUAAAAAGCUACAGAUCUACAGGAAGUCAUUUUAUCACAAAAACUGUAUAAUCUGGAAGUAUCUACUUUAUUAUUAUUGUUAUUUGUCAUAGGCCCCUUAUAAUAUAUGUUAAUUAUGUCACUGAACAAGUGCUAUCCUUCUUGUCUUCCAUUCUAACUCAUUAAGUUUUAAGUAACCACAGAUAUGUGGGAGUGUAUGGAAGCCAGUAUUGUAUGAUGAAUUUUUAUUUGAAAAACAUUGAGUGUAAGAAACUGUCAUUUGGUUUUUGUUCAUGUAUAUUAUCCUUUUCUGUAAUUACUUUAAUGUUAAUAUAUGGCACUUUAUUUUUUAUUUUUUACAUAGCUUUUAUUUUUUUCAUACUCUGGGGAAAAUAUAUUAGUGAGAUAAACAAAAUUACUUUUUAUGUUUCUGUUUAUUGGGGGAGCUUUGCAUUUUAAGACCUAAGUUAUAAUUUAGUAAAAUAUUCUUAAAUAUUUACAAUAAUCAUCUAUGUGGAAAGUUCCUUUUCUCAAAAUAAUUAUCGAUUCUAAACUUCAUCCCCUUCUUUAGAUAUCUAAAUAAAUUUUAGUUUGGACAGAUGCUUAUAGAUUCAUUAAUCUUAAAAAUUGAAAGCUUUGCCGUGAAAAUAAUGGAGAUGUCUCCAUCAUUGAAUGUGAAACUAUUGAUGCAUACAUAAUUUAGUCCAGCCAGUUUAACAGAUGAGAAAACUGAUCUAGGAGAGUUGAAUUAGAAUAAUUCCUCAGCUAGUAAUUGGCAAAAUUAGAAUUUGAACCCAGGUCUCCCAAUUCUAAGGAUGGUGCUAUUUUUAACAUAUGACACUAUAUCCUCUAUUCUUUACAAUUCGUCAGUGGGAAAAAUAUAAUGGUCUUUGUAUUAAAAAUUCACUACCCUAUAUUUUGGAGAUUCACUAUUUUUAAAAAACUUUUCAAAUGAAAAACAAGUACAUAUUUUAUAUUUUAUGAUAUAUUUUAAUAAAGCAAAAAAGUUAAAGUACCAUUCUCUAGCUGAAAAGAUAAUGGAAUCUUAUAAACUAUUUUUAAACUAAAAAGUUUCUUCAAAAAUAGUUAUUUUGAGCUAUAUAAUUUCAUGUUCUAUUUUUAAUAGUAUAAUACUGUGAAUGAAUGAACUGUGAAAAUGGAAUGUUUCUAUUAGCUACGAUAACUUUAAGGUUCCUAUUUACAGAAAUAAAUUCAGUGAAUGGCAUCUUCAAAAUACAUGUCCUACUAUAUGCAUUUUAAGUUUUAUCCAAAAUAGUUUGAAAAACAGAAAAUCAUCAUCCUAGUGUUUAAUCUGAACUCUGUUCAAUUUGAGUUUUUAUCUGAACUUUAAGUGUAAAUUAAAGCAGAUUAAAAGAGAAAUUUGGCAAAGAAUAACUUUUAAAAAUCUGGGCAAAAAUGGAAUCUGUAAAUUUUCUGAUCACAAAGCAAUAUUCUGGUUUACAUUUGAUGUGAUUAAUUUGAAAAAGUUAGCAUUUUAUAUUGAGACAUUUUUCAGAAAUCAUUUUACAAAAAGUAAGCUACAGGAUUUCUUUUCCUAGGAUCUCUUCAGAGAGUUCACAUAUUGCAAGAAAGAUAUACAUUUACUAUGAUAAAGUAGGUAAUUUAACCCUAUUUGUAGAGCAGAUGAAAUUUUAUUUUCUUAUUUUAUUUGUAAAGAUUUUUAUUAUUAUUGUUGUUGCAGAAAGUAUAUAUUAACACAUGAGCUUUUCAAAUUAAUAUCAUUUUUAUUUGAUGUGUUAGAGGAACAAAGAUGAUUUUCUCAUUUAGAUGAUUGAAAUAUAAACAACUUUUUUUCUGCAUA